GUACAGUGGGAGAAUAUAGAUGUGAAAUUCACCAUUUCGACUCUAAGGGACGCUCUUGGUCAGCAUUUGAAUUUGCUUUCAUUCAGUCCAUCACUGACUAUGUAAUGAAGCAGUCUCGCUGUGUUCAUUUGAGGUUGAGGAUGCAGUAGCGUCAACAACAAUAUCCAGACCUUUUUGUUCAUUUUAAGUCGUUUUGGAUCGAAAAUGAACGGAUAUUUUAGAGGAAAAUUUGUAGUUUGAUUUACUGGAAUACUUAUCUUUCUAUUGGAAAAUGGCACCUCGAAAAUGCGUCGCCGACGCACGAUGGAUUUGGCGAUGGUUUUCUGGCCCACGACACCAAUUGGGACUGCUUAUUUGCAUCUUUUAUUUGGUCACCACGGUAGGUGGUCAGAUUCGUUAUUCUAUCCCAGAAGAAAUGAAGAAAGGCUCGGUGAUCGGUAAUGUGGCGCAAGAUCUUGGCUUGGAUGUGAAAAGGCUGCGUUCAGGGCGGGCCCGCAUCGUGACGGGCGAAAACGUCCAGUACACCGAGCUGAAGACAGACAAAGGGCUUCUCGUCGUUAACGACAGAAUAGACCGGGAGCAGCUUUGUGGAGAUGUGACGCCAUGUAGCUUCAGCUUUGAGGUCAUUUUAGAAAAUCCGUUAGAAUUGCACAGCGUUCGCAUCCUGAUCCAGGACCAGAACGACAACGCCCCCCAGGUCCUGUACCCGGUCCAGACGGGCGGCUCGGUGCUGGCUGAAAUGGUGCCUCGUUCAGCAGAUGUGGGCUAUCUGGUGACUAAAGUGGUGGCUGUUGAUGUGGACUCUGGACAGAACGCCUGGCUCUCCUAUAAAGUGCACAAAGCCACAGACAGGGCGCUGUUUGAAGUGGGCCUACACAAUGGAGAAAUAAGAACUGUCCGCCAAGUCACUGAUAAAGAUGCCGUCAAACAAAGACUGAGUGUUCUAGUGGAGGACAACGGGCAGCCCUCUCGUUCAGCUACAGUCAUUGUUAACGUGGCGGUGGCGGACAGCUUCCCUGAAGUGCUGUCAGAGUUCACUGACUUUAGCAUGCACGACAAGGAGUACAAUGACAAGCUGACUUUUUACUUAGUCUUGGCUUUGGCUGUGGUCUCCUUCCUCUUCAUCACCUGCUUGCUGCUCAUCAUAUCAGUCAAAGUGUACAGGUGGAGACAGUCUCGCGUCCUGUACCACUCCAACCUCCCUGUCAUUCCAUAUUAUCCACCACGUUACUCAGACACUUUGGGGACAGGGACUCUCCAACACGUGUACAAUUACGAGGUGUGCAGGACCACCGACUCCAGGAAAAGUGACAUGAAGAAUAUGCAAGCCAUGAGUCAAAGUUUAGUGAGUGUGGAUGGAGCUGAUGCUGAUACACCACAUGUGACCAAACAGAUGUCAGGAAACUUUUCACAGAUGUCAACUUUGAGAGUCUGUUUAUUACUACUCUCCAUGCUCAGCAAUGUUGUGGUCGGCGAAGGGAACAGUGUUCCUCCUGGUGACGUCACAGAGCACGUGACUGGCCUGCUCUUUAUCUCCCGGUAA